CAUCUAUCGGUGUUUCUCUAUAUCAUAAAAAAACAUAACCUCAAAAGAAUCGAAACCUAAAUAAUAAUAAAUCAGGUUAUUAAAAUGAAUUCGAACUCUUUAGCCCCAAGUAAAAGUACUGUUUACGUCUCAAAUUUGCCGUUUGAAUUGAGUAACAACGAUGUGCAUAAAUUAUUUGAGAAAUACGGAAGAAUUAUAAAAGUAACGAUAUUAAAAGAUAAAUUAUCGCGUAAAAGUAAAGGUGUUGCAUUUAUCUACUUCUUAAAACAAGAAGAUGCUCAAAAAUGCGUCGAAGAAACCGAUCAAAAACAAACCUUUGGAAGGGUUUUAAAAUGUAGCAUCGCGAAAGAUAACGGGAGAAGCGCCGAAUAUAUUCGACGAAAAAAUUAUCCAAAUAAAAGUAAAUGUUACGAAUGUGGUGAAACGGGCCAUUUGAGUUAUAAAUGUGCAAAAAAUAUGCUUGGGGAGCGAGAACCCCCUCCAAAAAAAGUUAAGAAACGAAAAAAACGUAAUUGUGAUGAAAAUUGCGAUUAUGAUGAUGAUGUUGAGGAUGAUUUUGAAACGCUAAGUGCUGCAAUUGCUUUUGAGGUUAGGUUUAAAAUUAAUUUGUUUAUAAAUGCGGGUUAAAAAUCGACGAUUUUU